CCCUCCCUUCCCUUCCCCGUGCGCGCCCACUGCUGAUUUGCUUAUUUCCCUGCAACACUUCUCGUCUCGGAAACUGCUGUCACCUGACUGCGACCUCGGAGUGUCAUCCUCGGGGACCUCGACCUCAACCUUCGAAGAGUCGUUGAACCCGGUUGCAGGUUACAGCUCAGCUCCUACCACCAUCUGCCCAACCCCCCAACCCACACCUCACCUCACACCACACCUCACACCACACCCCCCGUCUUGCAUCUACCACCCUCCCCCAAACAAAGCUCUAUCCACUCUCAUCCACUCCUCCCCCACGACGUCCAAGCUUUCGGGAUCACUGCUGGCAUUCCUCAUCCCCCAGGGCCAUGGCCCCGAAAGAGGACAUGCUGCCCCCGGGCUGGGAUGAUCUAGACAGGUAUGUUGAUCACCUUCUUCCGGAGCUUUUCUGCACUUUUGCGCUGUACCAUCCACCGCCCAUGCCCACCUCAUUCUCAUGGCCCUGUGGAACCCCAGCACGCCUGACGGGCCAUUCAAACGAUUUCCUCUUCGGGAUGUUUCUCAACACCUGAAUCGAAUGCGACAACGUGCAGGAUCAUGCUAACUAGCCAUGUGGCAAUCCCAGGCAAAUGGGCCAGCUCUUUAUGAUGGGCUUUGAUGGUACCUCAGUGAGCCCUCAGAUCCGCUCUCUCAUCGAAGACUACCACUUGGGCUCUGUCCUGCUGUCUGCUAAGAAUUUGAAAUCUGCCGAGGAGGCCACCCGACUGGUCCUCGAAUUGCAGACCAUUGCUCGAGAUGCUGGUCAUCUAGUGCCCCUGCUUAUUGUACUCGACCAAGAGAAUGGCGGCGUAAACAGUUUAUACGAUGAGAUAUACAUUCGCCAAUUCCCCAGUGCCAUGGGCAUCGCCGCGACGGGGUCGAAAGCGUUGGCGCAUGAGGUUGCAGUGGCAACUGCUCAGGAACUAAAGGCAGUCGGUGUCAAUUGGAUUCUCGGUCCCGUUCUGGAUGUAUUAACGAACGUACGGAAUCAACCCUUGGGUGUGCGCACCUCUGGUGAUGAUCCGCAGGAAGUGUCGCAGUACGGAGUACAGUUCAUGAAGGGCUAUCAAGAAGCAGGGCUUGCGACCUGCGGCAAACAUUUCCCUUCGUAUGGAAACCUCGAAUUUCUUGGAUCGCACACCGACGUACCCAUCAUCACCGAAUCGCUUGAACAAUUAAGUCUCACCGCGCUGGUCCCUUUUCGUAAUGCCAUCAUGCAGGGCCUGGAUGCCAUGAUGGUUGGUGGCGUGUCCAUGUCAUCAGCUGGCAUGAAUGUCAUGCACGCCUGUCUCAGUGACCAGGUGGUGGACGAGCUUCUCCGAAAGGACUUGAAGUUUCAGGGCGUCGUGGUAUCGGAGUGUUUGGAGAUGGAGGCCCUCACCCACAACAUUGGUGUUGGCGGUGGGACAGUCAUGGCGAAGAAUGCUGGUUGCGAUGUCAUCCUGCUGUGUCGGUCAUUCCCCGUGCAGCAAGAGGCAAUCAACGGAUUAAAGUUGGGCGUGGAAAACGGCAUUAUUGGUCGACCUCGAAUCGAGCAAUCGCUACGUCGCGUCUUGAAUUUGAAGGCGCGAUGCACGUCCUGGGAACAGGCGCUGAACCCGCCGGGUCUUCCUUCACUCACACAAAUGCAGCCAUCACAUACUAACCUCUCCACGCGUGCCUACAAUAGCUCGAUCACCGUGAUGCGCGACAAGAAUAAUUUGCUGCCUCUUUCCAAUAUGAUCGAUGCAAGCGAGGAGCUCUUGCUUUUGACACCCUUGGUCAAGCCUCUGGCUGCUUCGGCAGUGUCCUUAUCCGCAAACGAUACCACUCACGGACCUACCAUGGAUCAAACGGCGAUCGAACGCUCUGCUUCCGUUAUGAGCGGCGAAAGUGUUUUUAAAGAACUAGGGCGGUCUCUCUCACGGCAAAGGAGCGGCCGUGUUCUUCAUACUUCGUAUACACACAAUGGCGUCCGGCCUAUCCACGAGGACCUCAUCGAACGAGCCAGCGCAGUUAUCGUGGUUACGGCCGACGCCAAUCGGAACUUAUACCAGCAGGCUUUUGCCAAGCAUGUCUCUUUGAUAUGCCAGAAUCAGUUUUCCGCCACGGGCGAGCGCUGCGAGAAACCCCUGAUUGUGGUCGCAGUCAGCUCUCCAUACGACUUUGCGAUGGAUUCUUCGAUCGGUACCUAUGUGUGCACCUAUGAUUUCACAGAGACCGCGCUCCAGGCCCUAGUCAAGGUGCUUUAUGGUGACUUGGCACCCUCGGGAAGCUUACCCGGUUCAAUUAGCCGGAGUCAGAAAAUCCAUCAAUCGCGCCAGCACUGGCUCGUAGAGAAUUGGAACGAGGAGCGGGAUGCUAACGGUCUAGAUGCGCUACUCGACGCUGUUCGGGAUGACUGUGCACAAGGGCAGCGCUCCGAGCUCCUUGGUGCUACCUCCAGCAGCUUUCUCCUGCGCAAGGAAGAUAUCGACGAGGCGCACUUUGUGGUUCGCAAUAGCAGUACACAGGCCCUCUACGGUUUUUGUGCGACUUACUUCUUUCGAUCCACCGGCACGGGCGUCAUAGGAUGUUUGAUCGUUGACCCGUCACGUCGCAAGCUGUCCAUCGGGCACUCGCUCCACAGCCGUGCUAUUCGUAACCUGCUUCAACGGAAAGGUAUGAAGCGAUUCCAGCUCGGUUCCAGGCUACCUGGUAUCUAUCUCGGAAUCCCUACUGCCAGUCAUGUUGAGCGCAAGCGACUGCGACAGUGGUUUGCCAAUUUGGGCUGGAAUACAUCGCUCUCACGCCCCGUCUGCAGUGUAAUCCUGCGCAAUCUUUCUACCUGGACGCCGCCCGACGGCCUCACCGUGACGCUGCAGAAUGCCGAUGUUAUCUACGACCUCGUCUACGGGUGGGACUAUGCCCGUGCUAUUCUUGACCACAUCAAGACCAACGCCCGGCAGGGUGUUGCCGACAUUUAUCGGAUUGCUCUGGGGGGCGCACCCAAUUGCGGUAUCAUCCGCGCCAAGCGGUCUACCGACGAUAUGAUUCUCGGUAGUAUCGUUGUCUACAAUGAGCGAUCUGCGUUGGCAGAACAUAUGCCCGCUCUGCGUGCUACUCAGACUACUGUCGGGGGUAUCUCCUCGCCGGUCAUCUCGCCCGUUGCGGAUGAUUACUCCACCGUUAUGCAGGGGUUGAUUCUGCUGGCUAUCAAGCAGAUUCGCAAACUGAAUGCCAAUGCGGUGGUGAUGGACUGUGUAUGUUGAAGUGUCCUUUUUCUUUUUCCUCUUCAUGAAAGCCUUGCUAACGUUUGCAUACUACUUUCUAGGUUGACGGUGACGGCAACUUUGACUGUCUGUCUUCGAUGGGGUUCAGCAUGCUGCACAACUUCGAGGAGGUCAACUGCGAUGCAGCCACCUGGACGAUGAUGCAUCCGCCAUAGGGCGGGCACUGGCUCGCGACUCUUUCUUUCUUUGACUUUUCAACCUCUUUUCUUCUUGGCCCGUGAGAUUUGUGUACUUGUUUGAUUCUCACCGUCUUUUUUUUUCGCAUUUAUGAUAUCCAUCUGGCAUUUGUUGGUUACGGGUUAUUGGUUUUAUUGGCUUACGGGGUUCGUUAUAUAAGGCCUCCCCUGGGGGCAACUGAGGGAACCAUGGGGGGGCUGAGGAUCGCGAGGCCUGCGAUGUUCGCAGGAUGCAGGUACCUAGGGCGCCUCGACUGGAGGCACUGAUUGGACUGGCUUUGGGAUUAGGACUUUUUUUUUUCUUUUUUUGUAUUCCCUCUUGGCCUUUUUCCCAGGCUUCCUUCUGCCCCUCGUGCAUAUGUGCAUAGUAUUAUCAGAUUUCCACGGGGCCACCCUUAGGGGGCGGUUCUCCAGCAGGGUGGGUAGGACAACGCGCCCCGUUCUAUACGGCGUCAUCCAGACCAAUCUUACAUCAUUUUUUUUCCCCUCUUGGG